GUACCCACAACACGAACUCUAUGGACAAGACUUACAGCACUGAGCACAUUAAAAACGAAUCUGGAAAAUAUGUUCCGUGCCUACCUACUUUCGUAAUUUAUCCAAUUAGUUAAAAAUCUAGAUAGUAAAACUAAAUUAUAAUGCACCAAUAAAAAUAUCUAAACAGAAAUAAAUACUGAUUUUAAUUAACAGGGUUUUACUGAAUCAAAAUGUUAGUUAGUUUCAUAAGGAAGUUUAAAAUUGUGAUUCUGUUUAGCUUAUUUUUUUUCUAUUUAGGAUGUGGUAUCACAUUGAGCCUUAUUCGUCUUGAUUGUGCGGAUGCCGUUACUAAAACUUUUAAAUCAGAUCCAGAUAUUACCACAUCAAGUGAUGGCAUUGAAUAUGCUGUGCUUGUGUUCAGCGGACCAGAAAAUAAGAAUAAAAGAGAUGCUAUCAGAUCUACAUGGGCGAAAUUAGCGAAUAAUAUAUUUAAAGAAAAUGGAGAGAAACUGUACAAAUGGAACCAUACCAAAAUCAGUAGACAAAACCAACAAAAUAUUAUUAAAUUAUAUUUCGUGAUAGGAUUACAGAAACUAAGUCUACUGGAAAUAAUGAAACUGAAUGAUGAAAAUAGCAGAAGUAAUGAUAUGCUUUUAAUUGAUGAUCUCCAAGAUUCCUAUGAUAAUUUAACAUCCAAAGUAUUAAAAGCAUUGAAGUGGUUUAGUGAAAAUUUAAAAAAUCUUCGAUACUUGAUAAAAUGUGAUGAUGAUUCAUUUGUUAGAAUAGAUUUGAUAGUGAGAGAUCUGGAAGCAUUUGCUCCGAAAAUGGAUGGAGAAGAAAUAAAAUCAUUUGUUUCGUAUAAGGUUGGUUGGUUGAAAUCUCAUUCUGCAUAUAAUGGAUUAUAUUGGGGAUAUUUCAGUGGAAAAGCCAAAGUGUUUAUGUCUGGCAAGUGGAAAGAGACAGAUUGGUUCCUUUGUGAUAACUACUUGCCUUAUGCUCGUGGUGGAGGAUAUGUUAUAUCUCGUAGCAUAGUCGAUUUCGUUGGUAAAAAUGCUGAAUUAUUGAGUCAUUACAAUUCUGAAGAUGUGUCAAUGGGAGUGUGGACAGCACCAUUAGACAGAAUCAAUAGGGUUCAUGAUGUCAGAUUUGACACUGAAUGGAAGACUAGAGGUUGCUUGACAAAUAUGUUAGUUCGACAUAAACAAACCCCAAGUGAUAUGUUUCAGUUAUUUAAAAAUUUGAUUAAUUCACAUGGCAAUAAACUUUGCAAACAUGAAAGUACGGAAAGGAAAUCAUAUCAUUACAACUGGAAUGUUCUUCCUAGUGAAUGCUGUCACUAACUUGAAAUAAUUUGAAUAAAAGUUUUGAAUGCGAAUGUGACAACGCUAAUUAAAGUUAUAUAUUGGAGAUUGGAGUAGGUGACUAAAAAGUGUCGUAAAGCGAACCAUAUCAGCACUCUCUAUCAAGUAUCUACAAUUUUUUUCUUAGAUGGGUGAGGGAACUUAAGGCCUACCUGGUGUAAAAUAGUUACAGGAACCUAUAGAUAUAACGUGACUACCCCCAUAAACCUUUAGACUUAUAAGGCCAGUCUCAAUUGUAAGGUAAAGUACUAAAAUUGAAAUUUUUGGCGGGUUUGUUACUUUAACACAAUGUUAAAAUAAACCUUUGUGUGGAAGUCAUUCACAUGAACAUAAGUAUGUAUUUCAUUAGAGAAACUGGUACCAGUCUGCGGGAUUUGAGAUGCGUGUAGUCUCAUUGCUUGAGGCGAGUACACCAGGCGUCUUAUCUUUUAGGCCACGAAGUCUCAUUGGUUUUUAGAUUUUGGUAUUAAAUCUUACCAGAUCAACAUAGUUGAUAUCAUAAUCAUGUUUCGAGUUACUCCGAAACAUUCAGUAUAUUUAACUCGAUCUUUAUCUUGAGGCACAAACAAUGUAAAUUGUAGAACAGUCAAACUAGUCAACUAGUCUUUAUACGAAUUAUAAUAAAUAAAACAUAAUGCAAA